AUGUUUCGUGAGGAAGGAAGUCGAUUGGUGUACGAGUAUGAUACUGAACAGUUCUGGAUCGAGCCGUGGGGCGAAAACGCGUUUCGGAUCCGAGCGACGAAGUGCGCCACCAUGCCGAUGGAGGAUUGGGGUCUCUGUGCCAAGGUAGCGGAUUCGUCGUUUCCAAUGAUUUCUAUCUCGUCUGCCUUUGCAAGUAUUGAUAAUGGUAAAAUCCGGGCGGUCAUUUCUAAAUUUGGGAAGCUGACCAUCUACAACUCCAAUGGCAAAACCCUGCUUGAAGAGUAUACCCGGACUCGCCGGGAUAUCCUAGAUGCCAAAUGCAGCGCCAUUGAGGUUGAGGCUCGCGAGUUCAAACCCAUCCUUGGUGGGGAUUACCAUCUCACCCUGCGACUGGAGAGCGUUGACCCAAAUGAGAAGAUCUUCGGCAUGGGCCAGUAUCAGAUGCCAUACCUUGACCUAAAAGGCCAUGAUCUAGAACUGGCUCAUCGCAACUCUCAGGCCAGUGUGCCCUUUGCACUUUCAUCUCUCGGAUAUGGGUUUCUCUGGAAUAAUCCCGCAAUCGGGCGUGCCGUCCUAGGAAAGAACAUUAUGAGCUUCGAGGCCUAUUCCACUAAAGCAAUGGACUUUUGGAUGGUAGCCGGCGAUUCACCCGCUGAAAUCGAAGAGGCCUAUGCAAAUGCUACAGGCAAAGUGCCGAUGAUGCCCGAAUUUGGUUUAGGAUUUUGGCAGUGUAAGCUGCGGUACCAAACUCAGGAAGAGCUCCUGGGCGUAGCGAGGGAGUAUAAACGCCGGAAAUUACCGAUCGAUCUGAUCGUGAUUGACUUCUUCCACUGGCCCAAGCAAGGAGAGUGGAAAUUUGACCCGGUCUACUGGCCUGAUCCAGGUGCAAUGGUCAAGGAACUGAAGGAAAUGAAGAUUGAAUUGAUGGUUUCUAUCUGGCCGACCGUUGAUAAAAAGUCAGAAAACUACGAAGAGAUGCGCGAAAAAGGUUUUCUGAUUCGCGUUGAUCGAGGUGUUCGAACUGGUCUUGAUUUUGAAGGCGAGACUGUUCAUUUCGACGCCACCAAUCCUAAGGCAAGAGAGUACGUCUGGGGUAAGGUAAGGCAAAACUACUACGAGAAUUACGGAAUCAAAGUGUUCUGGCUUGACGAAGCAGAGCCCGAAUACACAGCCUAUGAUUUCGAUAUCUACCGAUAUCACCUUGGGUCGAACCUUGCUAUCGGAAACAUAUAUCCACGGGACUAUUCCCGGGCUUUCUCCGAAGGAAUGACCCGCGAAGGCCAGCAAAAUGUGGUGAACCUGGUGCGAUGCGCUUGGGUCGGGAGUCAGAAAUACGGCGCACUGGUGUGGAGUGGCGAUAUCGCCUCGUCGUGGAGCAGCCUCCGCAACCAGCUUGUGGCCGGACUCAAUAUGGGCCUAGUGGGUUUCCCCUGGUGGACUACCGACAUCGGGGGCUUCCACGGGGGCGAUCCCACUAGCCCCGACUUCCGCGAACUCUUUGUGCGCUGGUUCCAAUGGGGUACUUUUUGCCCUGUGAUGCGCCUGCAUGGGGAUCGUGAGCCCCGACAGGCGCAGCAAGGUACGACCGGGGGUGCGUCGUGUUGCAGCGGGGCUGAGAACGAAGUCUGGUCUUAUGGACCGGAGGUAUAUGAGAUUUGUAAGAAGUAUAUGCUCAUUCGUGAGGAUCUGCGGCCCUACACCAGGCAGCUGAUGCAGGAGGCUGCCGACAAGGGAACCCCGGUGAUGCGAACGCUUUUCUACCAGUUCCCAUGUGAUGAGAAGUGCUGGGAGGUGACUGAGCAAUAUAUGUAUGGCGACAAAUACUUGUGCUGUCCUGUGCUGGGCGCAGCCGUGGCCACGAUGACAGUAUAUCUUCCAUGUCUUGCUGCAAGGGAACGGUGGAAAGAAUUUGCUGGAGAGGAAAGCUGGGAAGGAGGCCAGCAGAUCGAGAUCGAUUGCGCCAUCGAGACCAUGCCGGUUUCGAAUGACCCGAAGUACCGGGCCCGCAAACGGGUAUAA